CUUACAUUAAGUAGGCCAGAGUUAUGAGAAUUUGUAUGAAUCGAUUUUCUCCAGCGUUUGGGGGAAAUUGUUUAAAGUAAAGCCUAUGUUAACCCACAUAAAGUUUAGCGACCCUUGGCAUAAAAACGCGACGCGCUAGGGUUAAAUGAGAGCGCAAGUGAAAGAGUGCAAAAGAGAAAGAGAGAGAGAGAGCUAGUGAGGCAGCAUCAAUUGCAGCAGCCGCCGCAGCGGAGCAGAGAAAAAGUGGGCGUGUUUCAGCUAUUGAUUAAACACACAGCCAGGUGUAGCGUGGCGGGGUGGUUGGGCUGGCAACACACGUUUGAUUACCGCGUGUAAACAGCAACAACAACAACAAUAGCAACAAUAACAAUACCAGUUGCAAGGACUCGCCUGUGCAUUGUGCAACAUUUUGAGGCAGCCAGCAGGUCACAUGUCGGCGAAGCGCAUGGAACCCGAUAUGGAGGAGGAGGGGGCAAGUGCCACGCCGCCGUGCCAGAAGCAGAGAGCGCCCGUUAAGCCGCUGCGUGCCAAAAAGAAGCCAACGACCACGCCCACCAGCCUGUUGUGCGAACUGAUGCGUCUGAAGGCGCAGCAAAAGUAUCUCGAAUGCAAUCAAGUCAAGCUGAAUGCCAACAAUUUUCUCGAUGACAACGACCCUGAGACGAAUGAGGCGAACGACAACGACAACGACGACCACGACGGCCAGGAGGCGGGUGUCGCCGCCAAGGAUAAUGGCAAUGGCGGCAAGGAUAAAAAGCCCGGCAGUCGCCGGCCUUCGAGCGGCAAUAAAGUCGCUGGCCUCAUCAAUGACAUUGAUCGACUCAAGCUGGAAAUGGACGAGAAGCUGCGCAAGCAUCAUGCCGAGAAACGUGGCCAGCUGCAGGAGAUGUGGCAUUACAUGAACACACUGAAGGAGGAUGUCUUCCAGCCGGAGCGGCUCAGUCUGUACACGGUGAAUGUGGUGCGAGAGCGCAUCGUGGCGCUCAAUGGCCAGCUGGAGCGAUUGAGUGCCCAGAAUGCCAAGGAGCUGGAGAUGCUGCGGGAGGAGUACGCGAAAAUGGAGCGGGAGAACGAUUUCGUGUGGAAGGACAGCAUUUGAGAAUUGAUGAGAAUAACUUUUAUAUAAUUAU